CACAGGGGAAGGGAACAACAGGUGUUCUAUUGUAAGACUCGCGCCCGCCACAGGAACGUGGAGUUUCGUAUACCGCAUCUGGAUUUAUUGCGACGAUUCAAUCCGUGGUGGAACAAAUUGUCGAUUUCCAAAUGUCAAUUUGAUACGGAAGCCGAUGCGGUGGCAAUGCCACGAGUCGGUGCAACUUUGACGCGCUCCCUAAGCCCGUCCCUUGUGGGCUGAGACGGCGAACAUCGCCGCGGUCCCCGAUUGUGGAAUCUGCAACGAGCCGCGGAGAGAGACAAGUCCAGUGGCGAGCGCGAGAGGGACACGGGGAGAGAGACACGGGGAGAGAUCGUGAGAUAGUGAGUGAGUGAGAUAGUGAGUGAGUGUGAGAUAGUGAGUGAGUGUGAGAUAGUGAGUGAGUGUGAGAUAGUGAGUGAGUGUGAGAUAGUGAGUGAGUGUGAAUGAGUGAGCGUGAGUGAUAGUGAGUGAGUGUGAAUUAGUGAGCGUGAAUGAUAGUGAGUGAGUGUGAGUGAGAUAGUGAGUGUGAAUGAGUGAGUGUGAGUGAGAUAGUGAGUGAGUGUGAAUUAGUGAGUGAUAGUGAGAGUGCUUGGGAGCGCCUUCGUCCUGCUGCCGAUGUCCGUGGUGCCGUGAGGCGACGCGGAAGCUUCCUCCAACCCCGUGCUGAGAGCAGCGGACAGACGGCUCCACGGAGUGGUGGUGGUGAGGCAGUGGUGAGCUGCGGGCUGCCGUGCGAUCUUCGGGCAUCGCUGCAGUGCUCCCAUGGCCGACACGGCGAAGUGUGCCGUGCUCAACGUGCUGAAGGGCGUACGGGACUCCAUCUGGGGCAUGAGCGCUGUCCUGCGUCUGGACAAGCGCGUGGAGCGGGAGCGCGAGAAGCAACGCGAGAGGAGACGCAAGGGCCCCGACUGGAAGGAAGAUGAGCCAAAGAUCGUGAUACGUAUUCUGCAGUGCUGCGCAUGGAACGGAGGCAUCUUCUGGCUCUCAAUCCAGCUGUUUUACAGCAUCUUCAUCCCCGCGCUGCAAGCGCUCACGGCGCUGGUGUUCUCGCGGUUCAUUCAGGGAGGGGCGGAGAGCCUGCACCUCGGGGUGUGGCGCUGGCUCGAAUUCAUCCUCUCCUCCAUCUUCGGAGCGCUCUGGGUCCUGCCGCUCUUCCUGCUCAGCAAGAUCGUCAACGCCAUCUGGUUCCAGGACAUCGCUGACCUGGCCCACUUGGGCUCGCGGGGAGGGAAGUCUCACUCCUUCCCAAGCCUCAGCAAGUUCGUCGCGGAUCUGCUAUUCAGCUUGUUGCUGCAGGCACUCUUCCUCAUACAGGGCCUCAGUGUAAGCUGGAUUCCCAUCCCAGGCGUGGGACAGAUCGUGGGGACUGUGCACAUGUCUCUGCUCUACUCGCUGUACUGCUUCGAGUACAAGUGGUUUAACAUGGGAGUGGGCGUGCACCAGCGAGUGGCGCUGGUCGAGGGGAACUGGCCCUACCACCUCGGCUUCGGCCUCCCACUCGCCGUCCUCACCUCCCUGCCACAGUCCUACCUCAUCAGUGGGUGUGUGUUUUCAAUCCUCUUUCCACUUUUCAUCAUCAGCGGCAAUGAAGCAAAGCCACCGCAGCAGCCCUUUGAGUUCCCAUUAAGGCUGUUCUCCAUGGCCGUCUCGCUGAGCAACCAGUUGUUCCACACGACGUUACAUCCCCGCAACCAGCCGGUGCAGCAGGGAGCGCGCUAGAGGCAUCGCGCUGAACGCACCGCACUGAAGGGAUAGCACGCAACGCCAUGCAGCCUGGGCUGGGGGCGUCUGCAGACACGUCGACACACAGGGUUACGCACAGAGCGGGUUAUGUACAAAUACACAUGGACACACAGAGGGUUACACACAGCCCAGGAUACAUACAGUAACAUAUAGACACACACAGGGUUACAUACAGACCAGGAUAUGUACAGAUACAUAUACACACAGGGUUCCACAUGGGUUGGGAGACACACACCAGCACACACAAGCUGGUAUGUGUACGCAUAUGCACAGGCUGAUAUAUGUACCAGUACACACAAGUUGGUAUUUGUACAGCACGCAGGCUGGGUAUACGUACAGACUCCAGAAAAGUAACGAUUCGUGCUCGGCAAUUCAAUGAGCUGUCAGGAUUCUGGGUCAUGAGUCGAUUCAAGAAUCGGUGCUUGCUCGUGUGGUUCAUGUUGUCUCGUAUGUUGUGUCCCGUUUGUUCCCUUCGGAUGAAGUGACGUUCGCAUGUGAUUUAUUUAAAUUUACAGAAAGUGUAAAUAAUCGAUCCUUUAGGCACACCUCCUUGAUGCGUGUGUUGUGAGCGUAAUUAGGCACUUCACGAGGCAUUGAUUAAAAUGUAUUCUUGCACGCAACGGUGCAUACGUUUGUUGAACUUCUUUCGCACCGCACGUAGCCAACCGUGCCCAUUGGAGGUGCGGGGGAAGGACAACAAACUAAACAUGAAAAGCACUUGGAAAGAAUUUAGUUUUCAAUUCAGGUACACACAAUUCAUCAUGCGUGUAAGAAUGUAUGCAUUAUGCUGUAUGCUAAUUACAUGCAAAUUAUCUGUCGUGGAGCCAAAUAAAACUACAACUGAGACAAUGAUACAAAUGGGGCGGUAAAAACAAAACAAACAAACAUCGUCAUCCUUGACUCGAACCGUCACCGCACGUGUGAUAACUUUGGAAUUACAGUACCCUAAUUUACAGUACCCUAAUUUACAGUACCCUAAUAGGGUCAGUGGUCAAAUGCCCCAAGUGUAAGAUCCAAUUUUAAUCAACAAAUUAUUACCCGUGUGAUAAACACACGUACACACAUACAUACGCACACAGCGCGGGAGGGUUGUGCUACCCCCCCCACCCCCCUUCUGGAUUGCUGUGUCCCAUCUUAAGCGCACACUGCCACUGGCAAACAUUCGAACAAACCAAUAUCCCACACGUCCGUGAAGCACAGUGCAUGGAGCUCCGAGCUGGAUUAGAGGCAGGUCCUCGCCAGCCCAGUUUUAGCCCGCUUGAGCUCAACGCCAGUCCAGUGCAGCGCCAAGCGAAGACGCAACCCAAAGGAUGAGCAGCUUUAGCCUUGUGAGUGCGAAUCUCGGGCUCUGAGUCCCGGGCUGUCCGACGCGAGUUUUAAGAUUUCUGAACGAGAACGAAAUCGCUUGUAAAUCGCUUGCUGAUGCUCCAUCGUGGGGGGUGGGGGGUGAGGAGGGGAGUGAAAUCGUAGUGGCAUCACUCGCGUCUGUAUUGUACUGCCGAGUAGUAAUUUUUGCCUCCCCCCCCCCCCAUGUACAUGUUGCUUCAAACAAGUGUCCAGACAGCCCGAGAAAGCGCAGCCUCAGCUGCGAGAUGAGACACGCUUUAAUUUGAGGGUAAUUUACACUUCGGCGAGAUUGGUUGCUGAUGCAAUUCCCUCUUGUUACGCCUGGAAGCCUGUUAAACGCGUUAAGCGCCGUGUGUGUUUUGGGUUGUGUCUGGCCUACGGAAAUUUAAACUUGUCGUAAAGUCCAUAUCUUACGUAGUUUUUUUCAUGCGGUUUUAUUCUUAGAAUUUUGAGACGUGUAAAUGGCGUGCCAUUUAAAAAUCUGACGAGCUUUUUACGGGGCUCCGGUAAUUAUUAACGCGCGACUCGGAAUCAGAAAUCACGCGUUCAGUUCCCAGCCGAGGGUCGAUAAACUUUGUAACACUUUGUGGAAAGUCAGCAGUGAUUGGCCUCAUGCAGGGGUCGGCAACCUGCAUCUCCGGAGCCGCAUGCGGUGGCUCUGUAUAGGACUGCUUCGUGACUCCCGACACUAUAAUUGAAAAAAAAACUUGUAUUACGAAUUUUUUAAAAACCCUGCUAAUUAUUUUCCAUAAACGGCGAAUGUCUAAAAGCCCAACGGUGAUGUGUAAUGCGGCAUUACGAAUAAUUGCACGUGUGCUGUUCUCAAAAUAGCGAUAACAUAUACAUAUGGCUUGACGAUAUUCAUUAAGCACCGUUGAGUAGUCAACGAAGUAUUUAGUUUUCUAUCGAGUUCGAAGAAAAUUACUUGCUCUUGUUAUUUUUCGUUGCCAACCCCUGGCCUAAGGGAGAAACGGACCCACCAUGGGAAUGCGGACACCCACCAUACUGCCUCCAGUAUUCUAAAGGAAGUAGGGACACAAAAAACACCGACGCAGUUGUCAGCUUGUGCCGCGUGUUGUUCAACACGAUGUCCGACGUUUCCGAUCCGCGUGUCGGGAGCUUGCUCAGCGACUCGCUUUAACUCCUGAAACGUCGAACACAAAGUCCAUUGGAGGGCUCUGCAGCGCAACCAUGAACCCCGACACAGCGGCACAACCCAACGGCUCGUGCAGAUAUACUUAGCUCGGCUGUGUGUCCGGGCUGUCUAACAUGAUUAUGAAGCUUUGGUCAGUAGCUGAAGACUUUAAAAGCAUGACCUGGUGCUCUACCGUAGUGCAGCAGUGACACAACCUUGUUGAUGAGUUCACCAGAGGCACGACAGCGAUUCAUUAAGCCUCAGCUGAAGCAGCCGUGUGGCCUUCAAACUUGCAUGUCGAUCUUUGCGUUGCUGUAUGAGAUUGGGGGAUGUGAUGGCGUCACAAGUGAUUCGUGUCGGACAGUCGCCGGGGACACACAGCCCAAGUGACCGCACGCGGGGGCCAUCACGGUGCGCCUCUUCCAGCUGUCCCAUGCAAGCUUCAAACCUGCCUGUGACAGUCUGGGACACGCAGCCCUGGUGUGGAGCUUCAAGAGUAUUUUUUCUUCUGUGUGUAUGUUUAAAAUACUUGACAUAUGUCCACUUAUAUCAGGGUGGGGAACCCUUGACCUGUGGGCCAAAUACGGAUCCAUGCCCCUAAGGCGCACGGCCACGUUAGGCCUCCCACUUAGAAACGGCUUGCAAGCAAUAUGUUUCACUGCAAGCAUCCUGGCUGCACUUAUCAGGUACUGGAAGGGGGGGGGGACUCUUUUCAACUGAGCGCUCCGACACUUGGGCUUCUUCGAAGGACAGAAGUCACUAAAGUGUGUGCAUUAAUGUGUGUGCCCCCCUUAAAGGUGCACCUGGCCUGGCACAGGCGCCGUGGCGACAUCACCGUCAAUUAGUGGCGAAUGGCGGGUAUCGGUAUUGGCCCACAAAAGGUAUUUGAAACUUCCAUUCCGGCCCUCGGUAAGGAAAAGGUUUCCCACCCUGGUUAAUAUUAGAGAUUGUGCUGGCCAAAGGUGGCUCUGGCUCUGGACUGGCCUGUCAACUCCUGGACAAAGCGACGAGACUGAUUCUGCUCAGCCUCCCAUGCUGGCAGUCAUGCCAGCACGGGACACUGAUGAUGCCCAUACAUUGCACGAAGCCAAUCGAGAACACGACACAUUGCCCAUCGCGCGCUGUGGCCGCCACGCACGAAUUGCAUUCGCAAGGAUUCCCCGACACAAAUCUACGUCAUCGCUCUAGGGUUAGUAAAUGAGUACCUUGUGGGAAGCCAGUGGUGGUGUGAUGUAGAAACUGACCCAUGCGCCAUAGGAAUGUGGAGUUUCCACCACUGGCUCAGGGCUGCAACCAUUUUAUUUUACUAGGUAAGGCCCACUGACCUAUGUAGCUCUUUUUGCAGAAGCAACCUGGCCACAAAUGAUAGUUGAACGACGUGGCUUAUCACGUGGACAUUUAUAGCAGCCAAAUACUCUAAAACGCAUGUUUCUAAAUGUGGAGGGAAAACCGGAAGACCCGGAGAAAAAUCCACGUAACUACGGAGAAAACACGCAAACUCCAAAUAUACAGCAGCAGCAGCAGGCGUCAGGGCUGGGAUGGAACCCACAACCUCCUGUACACCAGGCGAGGUAGUUAACAUCUCGCCACCAGAGAUGAGCACCGUGCCAGGCCGGAUUGCGGUGGGAGAAAACGUUUACAAUCUCUAAUUUGCCACGAAAAAACCCAUCAUCCCUGGAGGUGCACAUUGAGGUGGUCACGUCUUUAUUUUGGGCGCACGUGCACAAAUGUCUGCGAAAGUGGAAGCUUUCACGCCAUGGCGAGCCCGGAAUACUGUUGUUCGUUGUUAUUACAUGUUAAUAAAGAAUUUCAAACUAA